CGGAAGUAAACCGGAAGUAAGGCGGGACUUCGUUGGGGCUGUAGUGUCCACAUGUGAGUGUCCACAUGUGUUUCUAACGUCAGCAGAAAACAAUACUGAAUAAUGAUAACAGCUUGUUGAAGACUGUCUGCUUCAUGUGAGGAAAUAAGACACUUGUAGAAAAUGUUGAGUGAAUCUGAGGCUGCGGAGCUGCUCUCCUUCCUGGGCCGUACGCGCCUUGAUGUCAAAGGACAGGCCACAGGGUACAUCCUGGGCCUGUCAGCACACAGUGAUGGUUGCCGCUUCUUCCGCUCUAAACCAGACUUACUAAGGGCCCUGUUCGCUCUCACGUCAGACCCCAUCGCCAUAGUGAAGGACUGUUACCACGUCUUCAUCAACCUGACAGCUGACGAGACUCUGCAUCAGGUUUUGGUGGCAGAUGUCAACAUUCUUCCAGUGUUAUUAAAAAACCUACAAGAUCCAGAGUACCCGUUCUCUGAUCAGAUCUGCACCAUCCUGUCCAACCUGAGCCGCCACAAGAAGACCUGCAAGACUGUGUUCAAGGUUCUCCAGGAGGGAGUCGGUCUGGCUCAGCUGGUCGAGAUCUUCUGCACUGAAGGUUACAAUAAAAAGGCCAAACUCCACUACCUGGGUCCUCUGCUGUCCAACCUGACCCAGCUGCCCGAGACCAGAAACUACCUGCUGGACAAAGACAGAUGUGUAGUCCAGAGGUUGCUGCACUUCACUCAGUUCCAGGCAUCGGUGGUGAGGAGGGGCGGAGUCAUCGGCACCCUGCGCAACUGUUGCUUUGAACACGAUCAUCAUGAGUGGUUACUUAGUGAGGCUGUGGACAUCCUGCCCUUCCUCCUGCUGCCGCUGGCCGGUCCAGAGGAGCUGACAGACGAAGAGAAUGAAGGUCUGCCUGUGGACCUGCAGUACCUCCCAGAGGACAAAAAGAGAGAAGAAGACCCCGACAUCAGGAAGAUGCUUCUGGAAACACUCAUACUGCUCACAGCCACCAAAGCCGGCAGGACGACCCUCAGAGACAAGAACGUCUAUCCCAUCAUCAGAGAGUUUCACCGCUGGGAGAAAGACGCCCACGUCGGAGCCGCCUGCGAGAAACUGGUCCAGGUGCUGAUCGGAGACGAGCCGGAGCAGGGGAUGGAGAACCUGAUGCAGGUGGAGAUUCCUGAGGACGUGAAGGAGAAACUGAAGGAGGCGGACAUCAGAGAGCAACAGGAGCUGGAGACAGAGCAGGAGAGGAUAAGACAGGAGGAGGAGGAGGAGAGGAAGAAAAGAGAAGCAGAGGGGGCGGACAGAGAACAGGAAACUGGACUGAUACGCUGAAGAACAUGAUUAGAGAGGUGUCAGUAAACUUUCCCGGCUUUUUCUGUUGCAUUUGUCACUUUUCAGAAACGACUUUAAGACAUCAGGGUGAGUUCAUUACAGCUUUUUCUAAAUACAUGAAAGGACAUUAAAGAGGAAGAACUGGCCAUUGGUCCACAAAAGCAGCGGCGUCCCUGCUGAAGAGCUGUUGAGUGAUGCUGAGGAGUGUUUGUGUUUCCUCACAGACGUCAGGGAUGGAUUUUUAAACUUCACUUAUUGUUGAAACCUGAAAUACUUCUGCAAGCAUUCAAAAGUUUCAUCAUCUUCCUGCAUUUGACUUUUGAUGCAUGAUUCUAGGUUAUAAAGGAUGACAUGACAGUACGCUUUGUUUCUUUUUGAGAAUUGCUUCCCCUUCUCGGCCCAAAACUACGAAGGGAAGAACUCGUUUUGAAGGUCGAUCUGACAGCAGAAGAGUCUCCAAAACAGUUGAUUUAUUCUCACUGUUUCAGUUGUCAUUAUUUGUUUUAAUGCUUCAUGAUUUAGAUAAAACAAUCAUGUUCAAAAAUGA